AUGAUACAAGCUCUGUGCGCGCUCGCCAUCGGCGGCAACCUCGUCAGCAUCGUCGUCGUAAGCCACCACGGGUUCCAGGAGACGACCAACAUCGUCGUGACGUCGCUUGCCGUUUGCGACCUGGCGUACUCUCUGACGAACUGCCUCUACGCGAUGCGAUCCGUCCUCGGCAGAUUCGACACGCCUCUGUCCAGCACGUUCUCCAGCUACUACGUCGUCUACGUGUUCCCCUGGAACCAGUGGUCCCUGGCAUGUAGCGUGGGACACGUGACCAUCAUAGCCCUGGAGCGAAUGCUGGCGGUGUGCUUCCCUUUCCGCGUGUCCACGAUCGUCACCGCACGCCGCAUGACGGCAGCUGUCAUCUCCGUCUACAUCUGCAAUCUGCUGAUGUCGAUACCGCUACAUUUGAUAUUCGAUUUCGAAUGGGUGGCGAGUGGCCAAAACGCAUCUUACGCCGCUCUGUCCGAGAAUCAGUUCUACAGCGACAAUUCGGAGCUGAUGAACUUUUUUCUGAGCGUUGUGUUCAGCAACUUGGCGCUGACGCUGCCCUUAGUCGUCGUGUUCGUGUGCACUUCAACGACAAUCGUCAAAAUAACCGUCAACAGGAGACACAUACAAAUGUCGUUGACGGCGGCCUCGUGCAGGAGGAGAGACCAGAAGGCUGUGAAAAGCCUGCUGACGGUCUGCGUGGUGUUUCUGGUGGUCGUGGCGCCGUCGAGCGUGUACAACGUGUACGCCGCCGUCGGCCCUGACAGCUCGGUGCUGUCCGGUGAAUUCAAGAUACUGGUCGCGCUCGUCCAGGGACUGUUGUAUCAGACGAGUGCAACGGUCAACUUCUUCAUCUACCUCAGAACCAGUUCGAAAUUUGCAGGCACUUACAAGGCUUUGUUUUGCUUUGGGUACAAUUUAUAA